CAACAUCAUCCGCCAUGGCUGACACGGACACACGGCGUGACUAUCGCGACGAGCGCGGUGGCAGAGACAGGGGAUACGGAGGUGGUGGUGGCAGAGGAUACAACCCAAAGCGCAAGCGCAGAGACGAUGAUGAUUACGAUUCGGGCUUCCGUAACCAGCGUCCGCGCCAUCAGGAGCCACCGCCUGGCACCAGAAUCAGAAAAGGGCUACUUGAGAUUGGAGAGGAUUUGCUACGGCUCCCACACGAGUGCGCUGCAAAUGUCGCGAAGCUCGCCGCCGAGAACUACGACGAUGAAUACGUCAAGGACACGUUCCGUAUUGCUUCGCUGAAGCUGGUCCAGGAGCAGCCAUUCAAGAUCCCUUUCAUUGCUGCAGUGGUUCUCUACGCAAACCGAGAGAAGGCAGAGAUGGCCGAGGACGUCAUCCAACAUGCUGCGCAAGAGUUACAGGCAGCCAUGGACGCCGGCCGGUUGAGGGAUGUGAAGCUGCUGCUACGCUUCCUCGCUUGUCUCGGGCCUCUCUUUGAACAAGAUGGAAUCGUGUCGAUACUGGAUGAGCUCUUCGAUAAGGCGGCCGACCUACAGACGGCAUCGACAGAAGAUGCAGUCGGCAUUGAGCUGUGCAAGAUAAUCUUGCUCACCAUCCCAUAUCUGCUUGCAGCUUCUGCGGAUGCUUCGCUGCCCCAGAAAGUUGCCGAGCUGCUUGAAAAGACAGAGAUCAUUGCUUCUACAGCGCAUACUCUAGAGGCGCUUGUGGAUCCAUACCCACAACAAGAAGGGCAGGAGAAGGCCAUGGUAUGUCCGAGCGUGGUGUCCUUGCUGCAGACGCAGCUGAGCGAAGAAGCCAACAACGGCUGGAAGCUGCUCUGCAUUCCCAGAGUCUACGAUUCCAGCUACAAGCCUGCAGUUGCCAAGGUCGACAAUGGCGAAGAGGACAAUGAAACAAACGGAGAUGGGGAUGAGCAAUCCAAAGAAGCCGUCAUGCACAGCUUCCCGUCAGUGACAGUGCCAGUGGCUAUCAGCGCCGGAUCUAAGAUACUAUUACCCGAGGUGUUUUUCUCGCUAUUCGCCAACCAGGAGAUCGAGUCAGUGCCCAGUACUACUAACAUCGCAUCCUCGCUCUUGCGCGACGCAAUCGUCGAUACCGUGAACAUUCUCGACUUCAACCGCAACGCUGUGGCCAAGUUUCUCAACGAGAUCGACUGCUAUUGGGCUAAGGACACAUUCGUUAAACGCUCGACCACGUUCGAUAAGCUGCGAGACCUGCCAGAAGGCAGACCAACCUGGAAGCCCGAGGAUGUCAUGAUUGACGCUAUCUUUUCACAGAUCUUCCAGCUGCCCACCCCGGAACACCGGCUUGUAUACUACCACUCCCUGAUCACAGAGUCCUGCAAGAUCUCGCCCGGGGCGAUCGCUCCUACUCUAGGACGUGCGAUCCGCUUCCUCUUCCGCAAUAUUGAUUUGAUGGACAUGGAAUUGUCUUACCGUUUCAUGGACUGGUUUGCUCACCAUCUUAGCAAUUUUGAGUUCCGCUGGAAGUGGACUGAAUGGGUACCGGAUGUGGAGCUUCCUAAUCUUGAUCCCAAGAAGGCAUUCAUCAACGGCGUUCUGGACAAGGAGAUCCGCCUAUCAUUUGCAAAACGUAUCCGUGCCACUCUUCCGGAGCCUUAUCACAAACUCAUCCCCAUCAGCAAGGAGAAGGACAUACCAGACUUCAAAUAUGCCGAGGAUCGGACUCCGUUUGCCAAGGAAGGACGGGAAGUGUUAGCGUUGCUGAAGAAGAAAGCCUCAGAGGAAGAAGUUCAGAAAGUCCUCGAUUCAGUUCACGAGCAGGCGGCUGCCAUGGGCUUCACAGAUCCCCUGGUCGCUUCGACUGACAUUUACAUGACGUCUAUCCUCAGUGUUGGAUCCAAGUCGUUGUCGCACGUGCUAUCCACCAUUGAUCGGUGCAAAGACCGUCUGCUGAAUAUCGCUCAAGGAUCCGAGGCCGCGAGACGACAGGUCGUCGGUUCCGUAGUCGACUUCUGGUCGGAUCAUCCAGGUACUGCUGUCAAUAUCGUCGACAAGCUAUUGAACUACACCAUCAUCACUCCGAUGAGCGUGAUCUCUUGGGCGCUCGUGGAUCGCAUGGAUCGCGGCCGGGCACUCGCGAGCAGUCAAAUCUAUGAAAUGGUGAGUAUUACCAUGUUCAAGGUGACGAAUCGUGUGAGGCAGGUUCUCCGAGACAGGAACAAUUUGAAGUUAGACUUCGCCAGUCGGAAGCAGAUCGAUGAGGCGCUCCCGAACGAGCGACAAGCCAUGCGAGACUUGUUUGCUGCUAUCGAGGAUGCGGUUGUGGCUGUGUCCGAGGGGGCUCAGGAUGAGAUGAUUGAACGUUACGAUGGCGACAGCGCUGAGCAGCAGCUCAUUCAGCUUUGGGGCAGCCGCUGGGCUCGAGUAUGGAGAAGGAAGGCCGCCGUAGAGGAAGCCAUCGUUGGUGAGGCAGUGAUUGGUCCACUCGAGGAGCCAGUGGCGGCAGAGCAGCAGCCAGAGCAGCUGGAGGACUUUGAUCAAGUGUCAUAGGAGUACUCUGGUUUUAUCCUAUUCGAUCAGCAGGAGUACUCUGAUUUUGUCCUAUUCGAUCAGCAGGAGUACUCUGAUAUUGUCCUAUUCGAUCAGCAGUCAGACGAGUACAGUACAUGAGUUCUUUCUUAUGCGAGCAUGGCAAGCACUGCCUCGUGACUGGCAAAUGGGCUUGAGAUCGGUGGAGGUAUACCUAGGUAACCAAGCAACAUACAUCAUGUGC